CUCGCCCUUAAAAACCAGUAGAAAAUCAAAUCCCAAAAACCUAUCCAAAUUGAAAUCCCCAUAACCAAAAGUAGACGCUGCGAGAAUUCAAUAGCUCAAUUAUUCCUUAGUUUUCUGUUGAUUUAGGUUUUGGAGGGGAAGGAGAUGAAGCGGAAAGACCUCGAACAAGUGUUCGACGACAUGUCGUCGACCAAGUCCCGGCGUCUGGAUGCGAACUUGAUCGGAAAUCCAAGUAGUGCAUUCCAGGUGUUUGAUCAAAGGCCUCUGAAGCGAAAAGAGUUUGAAGAAGCGUUCGACGACAUGGCGUCUCAUUUCUCCAAAUCCAGGCGACUGGAUGCUGCUAUACAUCCGACUACGGCGGAUGGGCGUAGUAAUGGAAUCGAGCCCUUGGAGCAAAGGCUAGCACCGGAACAGGCUUUGGCUGUCGCCAGUGAAAUGCAGCAAGGUGGUUUGCCAAUGGAGCCGGUGGCAUUGUCUGAGGACACUGACAAGGCCCUUGUGCUCUACAACCCUGCUACUCCUGCUAGUACAUUAUACAGAACCCCUGCUUCCACAGAUUUCUCUAUCGUUGUGAAUUCCGACUUGAUUCCAGGCUUGAGAGAUCGUAUAUUUGCACAAGGAAAGUGGGCAAAACCAGCAGAUGCUGAACGAAGUAGCGGAGAAGAUUCAAAUGGCUGUUUGGCUAUUGUUCCCUGGGUUGAAUCCAAUUGGCCUGCAUCACCGAGAACACAGACACAGGUAGCCGGAGUCUCAGAGCCAAUGGAAGCCGAAGAAGUUGAAAUGAUGGACACAGAUGAUAUCAGUUCGGAUGCUUCCAAGCCUUCUGAGCUCGGUCCUAUGAUGGAUCGAUCUUUUGAAUUACAACGCUGGCAGCAACAGCUCCAUUGUAUGCAGCCACAGCCGCUCAAUAACUCUCCAGUAGCAGCUGCGUUAAACUUUUUUUCUAGGUAGAUUUAUAGUCGAAAAAUUGUACCAGGUUUUCAGUUCAUAAUUAUUCCUUGUUCUCCAGAUCAUAGUUUUGUUAAAGAGAAUACGCUGUGUUUCACAAGGUUCUGUUUCAGAAAACCACUGGUCAAUGUUAUCGUAUUAGUCAUGAAUGACAUCGGAAAUAUCAUUGAUUUCAAUGUCCAGAGUAGCCAUGUAUUGCUUGUUGUGGAUUUGCAAUGUUCAAAUGGCACAAAGGAUUAUCAGAUGUUGGCAAAAACAGAUGUAGAUACUAGACUAUUUUCACAGAAAGUAAACAUAUAAACAAGUUAUGAAAUGUACUAAUGCUUACUAGACCAGCUUCAAAGAGUCAUCUCAGCAAGUCUGAAGAGCAAGAGACUUAAUUUACGAGCAGUUAAACACCUCUCUUGCCAUUGUCAUCGCAAGAGGGUUGCCUGAAUUACCACUCGGGUUAUAAUCGAAUUCAAUCGAUUUGAAGAGACAUAGAAAACAUCCAUCUAGUUGAACAAAAUCAAAACAAAACAGCUAAACAAAUCAAAAGCAAAAACAAAAUAGAUCAAAGAGGAGCAAAAAAUGUAUCAGCCUGGACAGGAACCCCGGCAGCAAUAAAAAGCCGACGAAUUUGAAGUGUGGAAAGGUUGAGAGAUUGAUAUAGGGAAGCUGCAUUCAUCUCUAUGGUACGGUGAUAAUAGCCCAAGAGUCAAACUCCAGCCCCAUAAAUUUCCUUCGAUUUUCACUUUCAAAAAAAUGAAGCACAAAACUAAUAUCAAUCAUAAGCAGAUCUGAGUUUGGGAAAGAUUUUU